UUAUUAGUUUGUUUUCAUCGAUAAAUUUCUUCAUAAUCUACGUAAUUAAUCAGUUUUUUGUAAUAAGCUAUACCAAACAUUCACCAGACACAUACCAACAGUUGUUUAAAUAAGAAAAUAUUUUUUAAAAUAUGGUUUAUAAUAAAGAAAUUUAAAAUUUUUCUGACAUGUUUUGUGGCAUUUUAUGAAAAAGUCUCUUCUUAUAAUUUAUUCAUAAAUUCACUGUGAAAUUGAAAACAAACAGAUCAUGACGACUGAACGAAGGAAUAUGAACUGGGACCGAUUUGGGCUUGACUCCGAUGACAUACCGAGGACGGCAAGAGCACGUCACGCAUCAGGUGGCUUUGUAGAUCUUGGGAAUGAGUCUGAAUUUGCAGUAUCUGGACAUCAGCCUUCUGGUCCCGAUGAAAUGUUUGCAAAUGAGCAAGGGGACAAACCAUGGUGGCGAUCGCAUUUCUUCAUCUCACAACCCACGCUCUUCGGCAAGUGGGAUGGAGUGUUUACGACAUGUAUGGUCAAUAUAUUUGGUGUGAUUGUCUUUCUACGGUCAGGAUGGAUCGUUGGACAAGCUGGUAUUUUACAUUCAAUCAUGGUGAUCGUUUGUUCCGUGGGAAUCGCAUUAAUUAGCGUUUUAUCAGCAAUUGGAAUCGUUGAACGUAUUCGUGUGGAAACAGGAGGAGUCUACUUCCUUAUAGCGCAUACACUUGGGUCAAGAUUUGGAGGAAGCUUAGGAUUACUUUAUUGUUUCGGCCAAGCUGUUGGUUGCGCUUUAAAUGUUCUUGGUUUUGGUGAAUCUAUGGCUGGUCUUGUCCAUCUUGAACACAGUCCUGGGGCCAUACGAGGCUUUGCUGCCGCUGCUGUCAUUCUCCUCGGUACAAUUAAUGUGGCUGGUGUCAAAUGGGUUGUGAAACUUCAGUUUGCAUUGCUCAUUAUUCUUCUUUUGUCGGCAUUAGACUUUAUGGUCGGAUCCUUCAUUACUGACCCAAGCGAUGAAGGCUUUCAAGGCUGGGGAAGUGGAAAUUUUGUAGAAAAUUUAUGGCCAGCAUAUCAAGACGGUAUCUCAUGGUUCACAGUGUUUGGUGUAUUCUUUCCAACCAUCACUGGCGUUCUCUCGGGGAUAAAUAUGAGCGGUGAUUUACGUGCACCAUCAACUGACAUUCCAAAUGGCACUCUUGCAGCCUUAUCAACAUCAACGUUCCUUUACAUGGUUUUUAUGAUUUUCCUUGGCGCGACAGUACAACGCGAGACACUUUUACACGAUUUCAUGAUAACAUCUCAUGUUUCCGCUAUCAAUUUUCUUCUUCUUGCUGGAAUUUAUGUGAGUUCCAUGAGUAGUUGUCUUGGUGCAAUGUAUGGAACACCGCGAGUACUUCAAUCAAUAGCGAAUGAGUCAGUGAUUCCUGGAAUGGGCAAACUUGGGACUGGUCGUGGGCCGAAUAAAGUUCCACUCAAUGCUAUGGGAAUUGUAGCAAUUGUUGUGAUUGGCUUUGUCACUGUCGGGGACAUUAAUACAUUAGCUCCCAUUGUAACAAUGCCUUUUCUUCUUACAUACGCUUGCAUCGACUAUUCAUACUUUGCACUCGCUCAGACGUUUGAUAUUCAGACAAAGAGAGAAGAAAGGUUUCGAAUACAAGCGGCGUCGCCACUUUAUGAAACAAGACAACAUUAUGGCGCAACGAACCAUCACGAGAAUGAUCUUGAUCAACUCUUUCCAGAACGUACAAGACAUAAAAAUCUUUCUAGUCCAGAAAAUACUCCAUAUCAUCAACAACGAGUGACACCACAGCCAUCGCAUGGUACAAAUUCAGUUCAAGAUGAAGUCAUCAUUAGAGAUCCAAGUAUCAACAGUAAUAAUGUUGAAGGGGAAACUGGCGAUGCUGAUGACGAACCAAUUGCACCGAUUCGUCCACCAAUUCAUCAAAAGACUAAAAAUUGGUAUUCCGGAUUUUGUAAUCGGUGGGCGUCAUUGAUGGGGGCUGGAAUUAAAAUCUUCAUCAUGAUGCUCGUCAAUUGGGUCUUUGCGCUGAUUUGUAUCACUGUUGUGUUUGUUGUUUGGUUCUAUGUUGGAACUGCUAAUCCCGCGGUAAAGCCUGGAAUUGCUGAUGAAUUUCGAUUGUUUGUGUGGCUCAAAGGAAUUGUCUUCCAAUGCUUUGGGAAGAAAGUUCACGAUUAUGAACAAGUUAUCGUUACACCUCAUGUUAAUGUUAAUUUGACUCAAACGCAAUUGAAUGAAGAGAAUGAAGAUUUCAGUUCCAGACGAAGAUAUCAUCAAACUGGGACAGUAACAGGGCAGUUAAUCGAAGAUAUUUAAUUAAUUGAGCAGCACUAUUAGUUGAAUUAAGAUAGAAAGUCUUUUAUUUAAUUAAUAACUAAUCAUUCUAUUUUCUUUUUUAAUUAAAAGUCAUCAGAAUAAAACAUGAUGGUAGCUAAAUUAUUUUUUUAUCCAACCAAAUUCAUUCAUUCAUUGUUUGAUAUAUUUUUUAUAUAAAAUUUUAAUUUAAAUUUUUAUCUUUCAUUUUGAUUGAGCGAUUGAUUCAUGAAUCUGAAGGAUCUACGUAACAGGCUUGUUCGUCCUUCUUUCGAGUGCCUUUAUCAUCGUAAACAUCAGUUUCACAAUAAAUAGAAUAAAAUCAAAAGCAUUUAAAUUUUAUGAGACUUAAAAUAAAUUUCAAGUCAGUGCAACAAAUAUAAUGAAAUUAUUCAAAUAUCAACGUUUCUACCUUUAGCAUAAUUCUCUUAUUCUUAUUUAUAAAAGCAGCAAAAAAAGUUAAUUAAACUGAAAACUUUAAUUGAUUUUGAAUAAAAAAGGAAAACUUAUGGAAAUCGAUAAAAAGUUCGAUUAGUGAAAGAUAAAUGACUCAUGACUAAGCAUUGUAUAUAACAUUACGUAACUGCAAUAAAAUUUAAAUGUUUCUUCAAACAAA